CUACAAUAGUCGUAAGCGUAGUUGUAAGCGUAGUUGCAAGAAUUAACUAAUUACAGUCAAAUAUUCUCUUCAUAUUCGCUUAUAACAACGCUUACGACUAUUGUAGAAUAGGCUUUAAGCGUCGUGAGCGUCAAAGCGAACACAGCCAAAUACAUCAAUAAGCGAGCGAACGUUCUAACCUUACUUGAAACGUGAAUUGCACAAAUAUGCAGGGAUACAACAUUAGAGGUGGACGAUGAGAACCUGAGCGGGUAUCCGAUCCGAAGAAAGAAAUUUAAAGAGUUCUUAUCCGUGUCCGUUCGUCGACGGACAGACAUCGUAAAUCAGACGGUCACAAAUUAAUACAAGUAAAUAAUUAUCACGGAAUAGCAAUGGGUGUACCGACCGGUAAAAACGUCGAGGCGAUGGACGUGGACGUGAAUCCGUCGGACCCGCAGAACACAAACGGCGAUGGUGAUGGCGCGGGUGAACGCAGGGACACCGAUAUGCAGACUUUGUGCGACAUUCGGGAGCACACGCAGAACAAGGAGCCACGUUUCGUCCUCCGUGCCCUUCGUGCCUUACCCAACACCCGUCGUCGUCUCAAUCCGGUGGUGCUGCGCGGCCUCGUCACGGGCUUCUACACCAAGUCCGCUGUCGAGCGGGACACCCUGCUCGCUUGGGUAGAGGAACCGAUGGACGUGGACGACUGCCAGGCCAUCACCCAGAAGUUUCGUAGUUCCUCGGCAUCUCUGUUACCCGAGAUCGACGGGUAUAUUCAUUUGCUGGUGUUGAUUCGACUAAUCGACACCAGCAAAUACAAUGAGGCGGUACAGUGCUCGGAGCAGCUGGUCCAGAAGAUUGCCGCACAGAAUCGUAGGACCAUAGAUCUGAUCGCUGCCAAAUGCUACUUCUAUCACUCGCGUGCUUACGAGCUUACGGAUCAGCUGGACAAGAUUCGUGGCUUUCUACAUCUUCGUCUGCGUACUGCAACUUUACGCAACGAUUUCGAGGGUCAGGCAGUGCUGAUCAAUUGCCUGUUGCGCAACUAUCUGCAUUACAAUCUCUAUGAUCAAGCAGACAAGCUGGUACUCAAGUCGACUUUUCCUGAAUCGGCUAGCAACAACGAGUGGGCUCGCUUCCUCUAUUAUCUCGGCAGGAUAAAGGCUGCCAGAUUGGAGUACUCGGCCGCUCACAAAUAUCUAGUACAGGCAAUGCGCAAAGCGCCGCAGACUACGGCGGUUGGAUUUAGACAAACUGUACAGAAGUUGGCGGUCGCUGUGGAGCUUCUGCUUGGCGAUAUCCCAGAGAGACAGAUAUUUCGGCAGGCUGCUCUACGGAGAGCCCUUGCCCCGUACUUUCAAUUGACACAGGCGGUACGUUUGGGUAAUUUGCAACGUUUCGGUGAAGUUCUGGAAAACUUUGGCCCGCAGUUCCGCGCGGAUCAUACAUUCACGCUGAUCCUGCGGCUGCGGCACAACGUUAUCAAGACCGCGAUCCGUUCGAUUGGACUUUCCUAUUCGCGUAUUUCGCCAACUGACAUCGCUCGCAAACUAGGAUUGGACUCUAGCGUGGAUGCAGAGUUUAUCGUGGCUAAGGCGAUUCGUGACGGUGUUAUUGAGGCCACCUUGGAUCCAGAGAAUGGUUAUAUGCGUAGCAAGGAGACCACGGAUAUUUACUGCACCAAGGAACCACUGUUGGCCUUCCAUCAAAGAAUCACCUUCUGCCUGGACUUGCACAAUCAGAGUGUAAAAGCGAUGCGUUACCCACCGAAAUCUUAUGGGAAGGAUUUGGAGUCCGCGGCAGAACAACAGGAUCUUGAGCUGGCCAAAGAGAUGGCCGAGGAAGAUGACGAUGGUUUCCCUUGAAUCCUUCGAAUUCACGUCUGCUCAUCUUAGACAAAGUGGAAGAUUGGCGUUUCUAGAGAAGAUAUUAGAAGACGUGCUUUUCUAAAAAGAAACAUUUAAUUGAACUAACAUUGAAUUAAUUAACUUAAAGAUCGUGACGUUUAUACUCUCUAUGCAUUUUCGUGCAUGCUUUGUAAAUGUCAAUAAUAUAUAUGACUUAAGAUAUAAUGUCAAGCAUAUGUAAUACAUAUACGGAAUGAUAACGUUGCAAUCAAUUUAAUAAAGUAAAUCCUUCAUUUAAA